UGAAGAGUAACGUGGAGCUUGGACCUCGUCUCCAGAGUCUCACACUUGGGGCUGCUAACGAUUGUGUUUGUUUAGGUGAUAAUUGGCCACACAUGCUCUGUGUUCAGUAAUCGUUGACGUCAGGGGUUGAUGUUCUGACACAGCGCAGACGACAUUGUUCUUGUACUGGAGACAACGGACGCAGCAGGGACAACGCUCAAAUGUAGCAACUAGUUUUCAAGCGUUUCUUUUGGGGAAGAAUAGAUUAUUUGCUUGUGCGGUGAUUUUUUUCAGCGAAUGUGAUCGGAACAAGGUUGCCAGUUACAGCGUGAGUGAAACUGAUGAUGAUGAUGAUGAUGAUGAUGAUGAUGAUGAUGAUGAAAGUAUACGGUAACGAAGGACGAAGAUUCCAUCUUGGCAAAGAGUGACAGUCUUUCAGGAUUCUUUUUACCUAAAGUCGACGAAAUCCCCCAUUAAUCACCUCCAACAGUGAUCUAUACACAAACACAAACUUUUGGAAAAGUGAUUUCUCAGUUUGAGAAAAAAAAGCACCAUUCCUGGAUUUCCACCCCGACUGGACACAGACGUUCAGACAUACCAGUUCAGUCCAGUCACGGUAUCUGAUUCCGUUGAGGAUUUUAUUACAAAACAUACAUUCACUUGCAAGAUACGCCGAAUCCUUACCAACAACAACAAAGGAUAUCAUUGGCAUUGCGACGAGAAGGAUUUGGUGAACUAUUUAUUAAUUUCAAGACAAUCCUUCUCUUCCCAACACGGCAUUGAUCAAUACUAUAUUCCCGUCGUAUACUGUACGACAGAGAAGACGACGGUAUUUGGUUAGAUCUAACAGUGUUCCGCAACCCUCGUCACCACCACGUCUGCUCCUUCCAGCGCUUGUCAUGGCUGGGGAGAGGAAGAAACGGGACGACGAUCUCACUGACCAGCAACGUCUGUUUCUGGCGCUCCGGGAGGGGCGGAUAAAAAAGACACGGAUCAUACUUGAAGCGUCCGACGAGACUCUUGACUCCGCUCGUAACGAGGAUGGACAUACGUUACUUAUUGCUGCCUGUCAAAUCACGGAUCCCUCAAGGAGACUGUAUAUGACGGAGAUGCUGAUGGACCGUGAACCGGAAGUAAACCGUCGUGACCUGAAGGGUAGGACCGCACUGAGUCACGCCUGUGAAGUUGGAUGUUGUGACGUCAUCAACGUACUGAUCCGCCACCACAGCGUUGACCCCGAUGCCGUCGAUUUUAAAGGUGAUACUCCUCUGAUCCACGGGGCCAGACACGGGCAGCACGAGGCCAUCAAGCUCCUCACACAGACGUUCCGACGCCUUGGGCUAAAGGUGGAUCACUUUAAUGAUGAAGGCUUCUCAGCCCUUCUCGCUGCGGCUCGCAAUGGUCAUCUGGAGUGCUGUCAAGUGCUUGUAAGCCACGGCAAGGCUUCUCUCAACCUUCGAGACAAAGAAAGAAAUCUCCUCCCUAUAGACUGGCUUCAGCAACAACAGUUUGACCAUGCCUCAAUUGAAUUUCUUCGUCCCAAAACGAAAUUCUACCGAGUUGCUAAGCUGGCUACAUCUCUGGCGAAGGCCAAAUCAAUGUCUGUCUUUGAUAAAAAGCUAUUACCGCCACCGACAAGACCCACGAGAUCGUUGGUUCCGAUCACCAGAACGGCGUCCAUCGAGAAGAAGUCUCAGUCAGUUCCUGGCCACAGGAUCAAACCUCAGCGACAGAAGGCUAUAGAUGAUGGUCCUUCCCUUCUGGGGCGCAGGGGGUCACAGCUGACCGCUGAUGCCGUAUACAACUGCACGCCGUUCACGUCGUUACUUCUAGCCAAAUCACCCAUCAAAGAGGAAGCACCGGAUCUUCCGAAGAAGACCCUCAACAGACAAUCCAGCGAUACCAGGCCUAAAGCUAAGCCCAGAAAACGCCGUGCGAAUAAGACACACCGCAGGGUGUCCAUUGAAACUCCCCUGAAUGCUGAGAAGGACGGGGUGACGGGGGUGAAGCAUUUGUCUGUUCACACUGCCCCUAACCUCAAGGACUCCUGUGAGAGUCUGGCUUCCGUGGUCACAUCCACGGAGUCCAUCUCAUUGUCGGAUGAUGAGAAACCAGAACAGAGGGCAAGGCCACGCGAAAUGUUCUAGCCUUUGAAUAAGGUUUACUCUUGCCAGACAUGCUUCUAUCCUAUGGUAUAAUGUAGCAGACUUUGACUUCGAGUUUCCUGAUAUGCAUCGUGUUAUAUUUUUGAUGCAAACACUGCACUAGUGAACAAUAUAUCAGUUCGUUGGCGUUAGCAAGUGUUGUCUUUACAGAUAUUGUUUUUAGAACAUGAAUGCACACUAGAAUUGACAUGAUUUACAAAGUGGCAUUUUGUUUCAUAAUGAAUCUUCACUUGCAUUUUUAUCAACCCUUGCAAGUUACAACGCUAUAUUGCAGUCUCGUGAUGGGAGCGUGAUUAAUGCAACUGUACACAUGAUUUGUAUGUGAGCACAAUCAGUACCGAUACAGUAUUUUCAUCUCGAGUUAUAGUCGACCUUUGUUGUCUUGAACCAUGUCAUCUUUAAAUAUGGGUUAACUCGAAUGAGUCUUGAAUAUGCACCUAACGUUAACUCUCUUACCUCAACUUCGGUUCAGUCGAAGUCUACUCUCUAUGUAACGAUAUAAUCAUAAACAUGAUGUACUUGUAUGUCGAAGUUCGUUUUUGUAAAGCAUGUUAAGCAAUGAGUCACACUCUUCACUUUGAAACUGUGUAUCAACAUUUUCAUUUUUACUGCAUGGUGACUUUAACGUUUGAAACAAGUGCUAUUAAGAAAAGAUCUAUUCCCCAAACGUAUUGUGCCGGAUUCGGUUACUAGUUAUACCCGUUAUCUCGAAUGUUCGCGUAGCUCGAACUUUAACCACUAUCUCGAGUGUACGUAUAGCUCGAAGUUUAACCUCGACCACCAAAGUUCGAGAAAACGGGGUUCUACAGUAGGUACAUUCAUAUCAGUUUCGACUACUCGGAUUGUUUGUUUGUGUAUUUGUUUGUUUACAAACAUUGUUGUUUAACGCCGCAAUAUUGAAGCGAUAUGACGGCGGUAUUUCUCGAAUUGAGACACAUUGUGAAACCAGUUAUUGUGCUAAUCCGCCAUGAUAUUUCUGCAAUCUGCAAACUCUAUCCUUUCAAUUCCAUGACGUUCAUGUACCAACAUGUAUUUCAAUCACAGGUCCAUUAUCGAUUGUUGUCAUCACUAAUCAGCAAGAACGGGCCCGUGUAAUUGACAACACAAUAAUAGCCAUUGUGGAUUCAUCCCAACGGAUGCACAUAACCGGGAUGUGGUAUUUUGACGAGCAGGAAAAAUUGACGUGUUUACAACAGUUUGGUCAUGAGAUUUGCAAAUGAGUAUUGAGUAUUCUCUGUAGUCUGUAAUGUCUACAACGAAUUGCAAAUAAGCCCUGACCCGUUAACAAUGAUAGUACGGUUACUGUCCUGCAGUCUAAGCACCAGAGGUUAUAGCGGAUGAAAUAUGAGUUGCUUUAGGUUAGGAAAUGUUUCUCGGGGCGCGUCAGUCAUUCUUAUUGCCAAUAUAAAGAGUUUUCAAAUUCCCGCGUCAUGUAAGCAGCAACUGUUAUUCAAACUUGAGGUGAGGUGAAAUGGGGUUUAACGUCGCGUCCAAGAUUAUUGCACUUAUAUAGCGACGUGCAUGCACGUGUGUGUAUGUGUGUGUGUGGCUGCUUGUAC